CUGUCCCCAUAAUGUAAAGCAUUUUUUCUAGCUUUGUCAAAUACUGCUUGUGCCAUUCUAAAUAUGAAAAUCUGAAAUGAUCUGUCUUGCUUUAAAGUUACUGUCGUUCAGUUAAAAAGAAAAACAAUCCUAAAAGGUAGUUCUAUAUUUUUUGGCUUCUGUUGUUUAGGUUACAAAAAUUUAAAAAAAUGUUUACAAAGAAAGCCCAAAUGCUCAGAAGGAUGAAAGAUUACUGAGAUUUGACAGUGUCGGGAGCAGAAAAUAACACAACACUCCUUUUGAAGAGCUUUAGGAUGUCAUCACAUGACUUUAUCGCAACAAUUCCAGAGUGACAGUAAAAGCAUAUUCAACAGCUUUGAGUUGAUGAGUAAAAAGUUUUUACCGUUUGCUAACAGUAAAAAUGCGUUCUGAAACUGACGGGCAAUUCAAUUACACAUACAGUUACAAGUAAAAACAGUAACAAAACUUCUAAAAUACUUUAAAAUCAAAAGUUAAUGUAUUAGGAUGCUUCAACUAAGAUAUUAGGUUGCCUUUGGAAUACAUUCAGCAGAAAUGUUGAUAAUUGUUUCUGUUUCAAAAAGGAAAUCCACAAGGAGGAACAAUGUUACAGGUAAGAGGUGAUAACGUCGGCCUUUUGGCCAAAAAGAAGUUGGAAGGGCCUUUUAUAGCUUUUAGUGAUAACCUUCCUAUGUUGUAGUGCAACAAUGUAAUAGAGUAGUUUGCAUUACCCUGUGACACAUCUGUUAACAGUCACAUUAGCAGUACUGACAUGAUUGGCAGCAACACGUUUUCCCCAGAGUUGACCACACAUACAAACGCAGGAUUUCUCUGUUUUAAAAGCUUAAAAAGGUUCAAAUGAAAAUGUGUUGACUUCAGUAAGGCCUCAUUUUCUUUCAUCAUUCAUAUGAAGUUUCCCCUUCAGAUUCAGUUUGUAGCUUUUUCUUUUUGGGUGGCGUCCUGUCCAUUUGGCACGGUUACAAAAAAGUAAGCAAAGACACAGAUUCAUCGUGGCUCCGUGUGAGAGUUUGGGCAGAUCUCCCUGGUGCCGGCUGCCACGCUCCUCCUGUUCACCCUGUUCAGGUGUCUGUAGAUGAAGUCAAAAGCUGAUGCCAUGUAGCGUGAAAACACGCCGGUCCACUUCACUGCAUCCACCAUCCACUGCACAAAGCGGCCCACAAACAUCACGAACACCGUGGUGUAGUGGGCCAGGAGGAGCAGACUUCUCCCGAGCUGUCUCCCCCGGUUGAUGAUCAGGUUGACUCCUUGGUCAUGACCUGCCAUGGUUAAAUCUGGUUCCAGAUAUAAGAGCCAAACUGUGUGUACGGGAGAGUUCGGGGCGGAUUUUACCGUAUUGUAUAUGUUUAUGCAGACACUCCCUUAAAAAGGAGUCGAGUGCUUCACAUUUGCAGACAGUCUCUUGCAGUCCCUGCCGUCCAAUCAGAGCAGAGCGAGUUUUGUUUCCGGGAGUGUUUGGUGAUGUGGCUAUGCUCUGAAAUUCAUCCUAGGAAAUAAAGGAAAGAAAACACAGACGCAUUUGCUUGGGAAGCACUCACACAGUGCCACCUCUAUGUUCAGCCGUCUGGCCACAGUCCUCCAGGAGCUCUCUGGAGAGGAGGGCCAGGAUGGUGACCAGCAGGGAGUGUUAGUGCCUCAGAUUCCUUCUGUUGAAAGUCAACCUCCAAUGGAGUCUGAAGUGCCAGAGGAAGCCAUGGAGAGGCUGGCCCACCUGGAACAACUGGUGGUCCAGCUGAAGGAGCUCAUUCGAGACAAGGAUGCCCAACUUUCGCUGAAAGACACCGAGCUGACCAGCAAAGACACGCAGUUUAAGAAUGAAAGAGAAGAAGCAGACGCCCGCUUCACCAAGCUCAAACUUCAGGCCAAAGCCAAGAUGGCCUCACUCAACAAACAGAUUACAGAAUUAAAAGGACAAGGAGGACAAACGCAGAGUCCAGAGAGUUCUUUCACGGGAGCUGCGGUCGAGGAGGAGCUUCAGGACCUGAAGAAGAAACUGAGCGAGGAAGAGGCCAAUGGCAGAGAGCUUCAGGAGCGACUCCAGGCCGCCGAGCAGCUGCUUCAAGACAAGGAGUCGGCCAACGCUGAGCAGCUGCGGGUGCUGCAGGCUGUGGUGUGUGAGAAGGAUGUGCGCUUUCAGGAGCAGAUUCAGAAGCACGAAGAGGAGCUGCUGAAGGCCACGGCACAGUCCCAGAACGACAGCGAGCUGCUGCAGGCCCUAGAAGCAGCUCAGCAGCGGUGUGAAGAGCUUGAAGCGACUUUAAGCUCUCGCUCACAAGAGCUGGAAAUGCUGCAACAAGAAGUGAGCAGCGCCGAUCAGCAAAAGCAGAUCUUGACGGCUCAGUUCAGGCAGAUGGAGCAGGAGCUGACCGAGGCCGUCCAGCAGAGAGAGGAAGACGGGCAGCGGUGGGCAGAGCAGGAAAGCAGGGCCCAGGCAGAGCUCGCCACCCUCAGAGCCAGCCUGGAAGCCCUGGAAAGGGAGAGAGCCGAGGCCGCAAAGCUAGAGACCGAGCUGUUCUCCCUGAGGGAGGCAGAUGUUGUUUGCAAGGAGGCUCUGGAGAAGGAGAAGAUAGAGGUUGCCAGGCUGGAAGCGGAGCUGGCCCUGGUGAAGGACGCAGAGCUCGCCGCCAUCCGAGCACGCAGUGACGCAUCGGAGAGAGACGCGGCGGAAAUCGCCCGGCUUGAAAGCGAACUGGCAUCAGUAAGAGAAGCAGAGUCCAGAGCUGUCCAGGCCAUGGAGGAAGUUUUAGAAAGAGGAAAGUCAGGGUCUGAUGAAUUGGAGAAAGAACUGGCAAUUCUCAGGGAACAGCGCGGAGGCAUGCAGGAGAAAGACGAGAUUCUAGCUGAAAUCUGGGGGCUUGUGCGCUCCCACGCUUCGGACCCUGUCCCGGAGGAAAUCCCCGCUGACCUGUUCCUGCUCCUGGACGCCGUGCGGGGUGUUGAGACGCAACUGCUGAGGCUGAAGGACGAAUGCAGCGAAAGAAGCACACAAUGUGCCCAGCUCACCCAAACCGCGGAGACUCUUCAAGAACAACUUGACAAGACAAUAGCGGAACAGGAAGAGGCCACAGUCAAGAUGCAGCAGUUGGAGCAAGAGCUUGCAGCGAUGUCAGACACAAAUGACACGCCUGAGCCUUCACGGGAUUCAUCGGACACUAUGAAAGCACACAUACAGGCCUUAGAGGAGCAGCUGUUAGAAAAAGACAAUGAGCUGGCUGCCUUACGAGAGUCCCUCACACUGGCUACGGAGCAGAGCCCCAGAGAGGCUGGAUCAGAUGAAAACUCAGAACAAACGCCAGAGGAUGAGGACCAGGGUGCCGGAGCUGCUCUUCCUGACAGUUCUGCCAUCCUCCCCGACUUCACAGAAGAUGCACAGGAGGAAGACACUACCUUAGUGGCCGAGGACGCCUCUGGGCUACUCUCUAUUUCUGCUAGUAAUGAGAGUAGCCCAGAGCUGAUCGGCCACCAGUCCGAGUCCCCGGAAGAAUCUAAAGGGACGUCCUCAGACGAGAUGGUCGCCAGCAGUGAUUCAGAGGUGGCCCACAGCAGCUGGACCCUCCUGGAGGCUGUGAAUCACGACGCAGGUCAGGAGUGGCCCUCUGUUCAGCAGGACUUUGGACAAUCGUGGGUGGCAACCAGCAUGGAGCAGGAGGCUUCCAAAGCUGAGUCCCCCUCGGGCGUUAUCGGAGAGACCACUCAGGGUCAGCCAACUGAGCAGAGCUCCUCCUCCACAGAGGCUGACAUGUCCGCGGGUCUCUUUGCACAGGCUCUAGCCGAGGAGCUGCAGAAGAAGUACAGCGAGCUUCUAGCUGAGCUCCAGAGACUGAAAGAAGAAGCUGCCGAGUCGCAGGAGAGAAUUAGGAGUCUUGAAGAGGAAACUCUGUCUCUCACUGCUGCCAAAGAGGAGGCUGAGGCUCAAGCCAGUACUUCUGCAAAGGAGCUCCAGUCGGCCAGAGAUGAGUUAGACAGCAACUCUCAGCAAAACAGCUCUGAGACGGACAAGCACAGCGUUGAACUGCAGCUUUUAGAGGACCAGAUCAAUAUUUUAAGCAGUGCAAAUAAUGCCAAAGAGAAGGAGAUCGAAGCCUUGCAGACACACCUGGAAAAAGCCCGCCAAGAUCUGUCUGAGCGGGAGGGCCAGGCCAGAAUGCUGACUGCUCAGCUGGAGGACAGGGAGCUCCUCGCAUCCGAGCUGGAGAGGAGGCUUCACGAUCUGGAAAACAGCCUGCUGGAACAGUCCCAGGCCUCAGAUCUCAACGAGUCCUUGUCACAGAAGGACUCUGAGAUCAGCGAGCUGCAACUUUGCCUCAGCCAGACAAAGAGGGAGGUGGCAGAGCUCAACGACAGCAUGUCCGCAAAACUCCUUCAGGCAGAAGAAGAGAAGAGCCAGGCAGACAGUGAAGUGAGUAAAUUGAAGGAGCGGUUAGUUGAACUUGAAAAAGUCAGCGACGAGAAGGCGAAAGCUUGUGAGGAUGCAACCGCUCGAGAAGAAGAUGAACUCAGCAGUUUGCGUAAAGAAAAAGGAGAGUUGGAAACUCUCCUGAUAAACACUAAGAAGAAGUUGCAGGCAGCUCUUGUUCAGCGCAAAGAGCUGAUGAAGAAAGUUGCUGCUUUUGAGAGGGAAACAAGAGAAAGGAAAGGGAGUGAAGAAACGGGAGUGGAAGGAAUUCCACAACAGGAGGAAAAAUCGAACGAACAUGACAUCCAGGAGAUGGAGGCCAAGCUCAUGGAGGUCAAAGAAGCUUUAAGACUGAAAGAAGAGGCAUUUGAAAGUCUUGAGCAGAAAAUGAUCCAGCAGGAUCAAGUUCUGGCCGAGACGCUGGCUCAGAAUCAAAAGCUAAGUGAGGAAGCAGAGAACCCUCAGCCGGCUGACAUCGCUUCUGUACAAUCCGCCCUACAGUCUCAAGUGGAAUCUCUUGAAACGGAGUGCGAAACACUUCAGAAGAAGAUUCAAGAGGCCCAAGAAUCUCGCAAAGAAACGAUCCGUAAAGCCAAAGAGAAAGACCGACACCACCGUGAACAACUGAGGCAGCAGAAAGAAGAGUACAGCGAUUUGAUGGGACGUUUUGAGGAGCAGAGCAGCCAGCAAGAGGCUCUUCUUACGAAACUUAAACAACUAGAGGAAAAAGCCCCCGCUCAGAAAGAAGACGUGCCUCCAGAGGAGCCCAGCAGAGCCGUGGACAAGCCUCCAAAUGACUGGGUCCAGGAGGACUGGGUUGACUUUGCCGCGUCUGAGGGCGGCUCAUCUCGAGCAGAAGCCAGCGACCCACACCAGCAUCCCGCAGAGCCUAAAGACGACCAGCCGGAACAAAUGGAAGAGUCUCUGGCAGCCCUCAAAGAGGAGAUCCAGGCUGUUCGCGCGGCAAACACAGAGCUAGAAAACCAGCUGAAAGAAGCGAUCGCCAGCCUGUCGCUGAAGGAGUCCAAAUUACUGGAAGUGGGCAAAGAGCUGGAGGCGCUGAGAGAAAAGGAAAAGCAGAUCAAUGCACUUUCGGAGGAAAUGAAUGAUCUCAGAGAAAAGUGUCAGCAAGCCGAGUCUCACGCAGAGAGCCUAAAAGCAGAGAUGGAGGCUGCAGCCAAAGCGUCUGCGGAAUCCUCCAUCACAGCCCUUCAGACGGAGGUGGAGGACUUCAAGCAGUUCCUGGACAGCAAGAACCACGAGAUCACGGAGCUCAGCCAACAGCUGAGUGAACAGAACGCACUGAUCCGCUCCAUGCAGGGCACGGUGGCGCAGAAGGACCAGCUGCUCGUUGCUUUGGAAGAGGAACUGAAGGCCGAGCGAGAGAAAACUCAGAGGUUAGAGGCCGAGCUGCCACAAAAAGAGGAGGAAGGCGGCGAGGCAAAGCUCCAGCAGCUCCAGCGAAAGCUUCAGGCCGCCCUGAUCUCCCGCAAAGACGCGCUCAAAAACAACAAAGCCCAGAAGGAGCAGCUCGCCGCCGCCGAGAAGCUCGUCGCCGAACUCCAGCAGAAAAUGGGCUCGGCGGAGGACGAGCUGGACAAGCUGAGAGCCGAAAGAGCCAGACUGAUCAGCGAGGUGGACCGAAGCUUGCUGGAGAACCAAAGCCUGGGAUCCUCCUGCGAGAGCCUGAAGCUGGCAAUGGAAGGCAUCCUCAACGAGAAGGACGCCUGUAGGAGAGAGGCCGACCUGGCCAAGGAAGAGGCUGCAAGGAUGUGCCGAGAGUGGGAGGAAAAGGUCCAGGGGAUGAAGGAGGAGUACGAGACACUGCUCAAGUCGUACGAAAACGUGAGCGACGAGGCCGAACGAGUGAGAAAGGUCCUGGAGGCGGCCAGGCAGGAGAGGCAAGAGCUGGCGGCCAAGGUGAGAACGCACGAGGCGGCCAGACAGGAGGCCGAAAGGCAGGCGGAGGACUCGCUGAAAGAGGUGGACACUGUGAAGGACAAAAUGAGAAAGUUUGCCAAGACGAAGCAGCAGAAAAUAUUAGAGUUGGAGGAGGAAAACGAAAGGCUCAGGGAGAUGCAGGAGAAUCCUUUGUUGAAAAGGGAGGACAGACGCCUCAAAGCCGAAGUGGAGCAGCUUCAAGAGGAGGUGGGAGCUCUGAAAUCCCAGCUGGAUGAAACGCUGGCAGAGAGAGACUCCUUAGGGCUGCAGAUCGAAGGCUUAAGGGACCAACUCGCCCGAAUGGGGGAAAGGGAAAAUGAAGUUUCGGAGGAGGUCCUCACAGCCCAGCAAACGGACACCACCGUCACCACAACAGAGCCAGCUGAGAGUCAUCCUGAAGAUGGAGAACCGGCUGUAACCUCAGAAGAAGCUGGGCAUGAGCGGUCAGAAACCGUUUUACAGCACGCAGAAGAAACCGAAAAAACAGAAAUGGCCGAGGGUGCUCAAACUUUCUCAGAAAAUGAAACGAGGGACAUGGAGGCUGCCGUCAGUGCGGAGAGAGAGCUGUGGCUGGAGCAGGAGGCCAAACUCCGAGCCGAAUUAGCCUCCCUGGAACGGGAUCUUCAGGAGAGCCGAGAGAAGGAGAGCCUUACAGCCUCUUUAGAGAAGUGCCUUCAAGAGAGCAAAGAGAGAGAGAAGCGGCUAAUUGAAGAGGCCUCCAACAGAGAAACGCAGGUCAAGGAACUCCUGAAAAGCCUGGAGGGGGAAAAAGAUAACCUGGAGGAGCGCCUGAUGAACCAGCUGGCUCAGCUCAACGGGAGCAUCGCCGGCUACCAGCAGGAGGUGGCCGACAACCGGGAGCACCUCACCGACCUGCGGCGGGAGCUGGAGAGGCUGGAGAGGGAGCGGGCCGAGCUGGAGGCGGAGGCCCAGACGGAGAGGGAGCGAGCCGCCAGGCUGGAGGAGGACACCAGGCAAGCCCAGCGCGAGAGAGCCGAGGCCGAGGCGGAGUCCGGCAAACAACGGGAGCUGGAGCAGCAGCUGAGGUCCGCCCAGAGGGUGAAAGAGGGCAGCCAGAGCCGGGCGCGUCAGCUGGAGGAGCUGCUGAGGGAGAAGCAGCUGGAGGUGCGGCAGCUGCAGAGGGACAGCAUCCAGUAUCAGGAGAGGAUCAGCGAACUGGGCCGGGAGGUCAAGGACCUGCAGCUGAGCCACGACGAGCUCCACAGGAAGCUGGAGGCAUCUCAGCUGGAGGCCUCGAAGAGCCUCGAAGACUGGAGAAGGACCGAAGCGGAGCUGGACGCCGUGAAAUCUCAGCUCGCCGAGGCCCAAGAACAGGCCAGCCGGGCCCUGGCGGCGAAGGCAGCCACCGAACGGAGCGUCCAGCAGAGAGAGGCCGCCCUGAUGGCGGAGGCAGAGCAAACCCUGGACUCCGUCCGAUUCCGGCUGGGGGCCGAGCUGAAGGAAAUGGAGCUGAGGCUGGAGGAGGCCUACAGCGAGAGGGACAAGGAGGAGGAGGCUACUCAGGAGGCACGAGAGAUGGCAGAGGGUGCCGAGCAGCGAGUCCAGGAGAUGCAGGCUCGCCUGGACGAGUCUCUGGCCCGACUGGCCGCCUUCUCGCGCUGCAUGUCCUCCCUGCAGGACGACCGGGACAGGGUGCUGGACGAGGCUCGGCAGUGGGAGACUCGCUUUAACAGCGCUCUGCAAGGCAAGGAGGCUGAGCUGCGUGAGGCUGAAACUCGGGCCAAGGAGCUGGCCGAUCAGCUCCAGAAAGAGUCUGCACUGAGGGGGGAACUAGAACUGUCCGUCACCAGAUUAGAGAAAGCAGAGAAAGACUGGCAGCUCAGGUUAGAAGAAGAGGAACAGAAAGCGACGGGGCUCCGAGCAGCCGUGGAGGAGGCGAGAACCAAGCUGGAGCACGCCACGGCCGAGCUGCAGGCCGCCCAAAGCGAAGGCCGCGCCCUGACAAACGAGGCGGGGAGCCUGCAGCAGAGAGCCCGGGCUCUGGAGGAGGCUGUAGGGGGACUUCAGGCCGAGCUCGAACAGGCCAAGACCGAGCUGAGGGAGAGGGAGGCAGCGGAGAGGCGGCUGUGUCUGAACGUGGAGCAGCUGGAGACCGACCUGCGAUCCUCCAAAGCCCUGACGGAGAGCCUGCAGACGGAGCUGCACGAGAAGGAGAGGAGGGAAGUGGAAAUGCUCGAUGAGAAGGAGCAGGCUGUGGCUCAGGCGGCAGAGGAGGCCAGAAAGGAAGCCAACAGCAGGGCACAGGCAGCCGAGGAGGAGCUGGAGCAGAGAAGGGGAGAAGUGCGGGACCUGGAAGAGAAACUGCGGAAAGCAGUGGAGGAGAGCAACAACAGCAAAGCCAGGUUGGAUUCCUUCAUGAAAGCCAUGGGCUCGCUGCAGGACGACAGGGACAGAGUCCUGGGCAUGUACAAGCAGCUGGAGGAGAAACAUCUGCAGGUAAUGAUGGUUAAGGACGGUUUGAUCCAAGAGGCUGCGGGGGAGAACAACAGCCUGAAGGAGGAGCUGCGCUCUCUGCUGGUCCAGAGAGACGACCUGUACGCCGAGAAGGCCAAGCUGUCCGCUCAGCUCCACGGCUACCGGGACGAGCUCAACCAGGUCCUCAGCAUGAAGGACUCCCAACAUAAGCAGCUCCUGGCAGCCCAGAGAGAGCGCAUCGCCUCUUUAGAAAAGGAGCGGGAGGAGUUGGGGAGCCAUCUAAAGAGCCUCAACGAAGCCCGAGAGGCGGGGGCAGAGGCAGCGGUGCAGAGAGUGGAGAGGGAGACUCUCAGCGGGGCCGUCCACAGAGGGCCGGUAGAUGCCCCGGGGGCAGAAGUGGAGAAGCUGAGGGAGCAGCUGCAGGUGGCGAGGGCACAAGCGCAGGCUUUGGAGGAGCGGCUGCUCAGGGAGCAGGAGGAGCAGGAGAACAGCAGCAAAGAGCUGGCCGAGCUGCGCUGGGAGGGGGGCGUGAUGCGCACGGAGUCAGAGAGCGCCCAGGAGCGGGUGGCGGAGCUGGCCCGCGACCUGCUGGUGGUGGAGCAGCGGCUGCUGGAGGAGACGGGGACCACCAAGCAGCUGAGGGCGGAGAAGGAGGCGCUGGCCAAGGCCAUGGCCUCCCUCCAGGACAGCAGGGACCAGGCAGUACUCCGGGUCCAGGAGCUGAGCCUGCGGCUGGAGGAGACGAGCAGCAGGGCGGGCGGCGGCGGCCAGGCGCCGCACAGCGGUCCUGGGGGCUCGGCCGGGGAGGUGUGGAGCCUGAAGAACGCACUACAAGCCCUGCAGAAUGACAGGGAGAGACUGCUGGAGCAGCUCAAAGCACAGGCAGCCGAGCUGCAGCAGCAGAGGUCCGAGCUGGCUCGGCUCGGAGCCGGAGAGCUGAUCAAAGUCAGCCAGGAGCUGUUCGAGGAGAAGAGUAAGACUGAGAACCUGCUGGGCGUCCUGACGCAGCUGGAGAACGUGGUGGAAAAAGGCAAACGGGAGAUCGAGACGCUCAGGCUGGAGCGCAUGGACUGGAUGGCUCAGGCCGAGCAGCUGAAGCAGCAGACCCUGGCCACGCUCUCGGAGAGAGACCAGCAGCUGCGGCAGCUGAGCGCCAUGCUGGAGGACGCCCGCGCCCACAAGCCCAAACUCCAGCGGGAGCUCUACCAGAGAGAGGGAGCUGAGGAAGUGGACAGCGCCCCCGGAGCCCCGCAGGAGCGCAGCAGCCAGGCCUCCAGCGCCGAGCUCAAAGAGCUGCACAGAAGGCUGGAAGAAGAGAGCCAGCAGAGGAUCGCCGUGGAGGAGCAGCUGAUGGCCACUCAGGACCGCCUCAAACGCUGCAGCCAGGCCUCGUGGCAUUCCGACCCAGACGGAGACCACUCGGAGACCGCCGUUUUCAUCGAGCCGCCCGAGGGAGCCGUGACCCGGAGCCGGAGAGGCGGCCCCGGCGUGGCGAGGAUGCUCCGGGUGGCCUUCUGCUCCCGGCAGCGCACCCCUCUGCUGCUCAGCCUUUACCUGCUCACCGUGCACGUCCUGCUGCUCCUGUGCCUGGGCGGAUACCUCUGAAAGCAGCUCCCCGCAACCGAGCUGGCAGAUAAGAAAGGGAUAAGAAAGAGUCCGGUGGGGGGAAAUAGAAAAUGUGGCGCGUGCCGAACCCAAGCCAUCAAAAGGGAUUUCUGAUGUUCCAUGUCCAUGUUCCAAGGAGGCGAUGUUCUGCGAACUAACAUUGCACUUUACAGGACGCAAUCCUUCAGCCAAAGUAUAAAGAUUUAUAUUGGGAGCUCUGUUUUUUUUUCCGUUCUUUGGUAUUGAAUUAUGUUGGGUGUGGAUGGUACAGUUUCAAAGCCCAGGCUAAGAAGUACAUCAAGGGGCAUCUUCAUUAUUUUGAGUAAAGAGUUAAUUGGAGGAGUGGAUAUUUCUCAUCAGUUGUUUGGGCAGAUUUCGUUCUCCUGGUUUGGAUUUGACCACCUUAAAGCAAAUAUUUAACAUUUUCGUUAAUAGCUUCGUGAUCCAAAUGAUACCACAUACACAUAUUUUCCAUGUGAUUAAACACCACAAAUAGUGACUGAUUCACACUUAAUACCUUUUUUUAAACCUAGUCAACUUAACUGGCUCGGUGUCUUCUGCCCACACUUUUCCUUUUGUUUAUUUUUUUGCUCAUGCACGUCUCUUUUCCCUGUCAUUGCUAGGCAUCCAUGAGAGGUCCCAGUCGAGCAGAGCUGUUAGUCAAUAAAGGAAAUAUAUAUAUAACCUAUUAACUGGGGAGCAUAUUGAAUUGGAGGGGGGGGUCAUGUUUUAUUUAUCCUCAUAAGUGAUUGAGAGCUGUUUUUCCAUCUGUCUUUAUGCUGAGUGUUUCCUCAGAGGAUGGCUUGGUGUUCAGGUGGCGGCGGGGUGGUUCCGUCUCUUCUUCUGCUUUCAUGCACAAAAGCUGAGCACAGUGCAAUUUCUGGUUUGACACAUUCCUGCGUUCUCCUUUGGCCCUUUUACAUGUUUUCUUCUCGGUUUGAAAAAGGAGCGUUAUGCACACAUUUGUACAUAAGUGCACAUACAAAGCUCGUCAGCUGGACCUGGACUUACUCUUCCUCCUAACCCCAGAAAGUGUCCAAGCUUCUGCCUGGCAGAUCCAAAUGAACAGUCUGCCCAGCUUUUCUGGCUAAUACAGUCGGCUUGAGGGGCAGCGUUGUGGAUUCAUUCCGGAGGAGUAAGACUUCUAUGUGUAGUGAUAUCCAUCCCAUUAAAUCUGAUGUAGCCUUUUUUCCUGUCCAACAGAUCAAGUUUGAACCAUAUCUUAUGUGUAUGUCGACAUAUCUUUUUCUUCAACUAUCGUGUGGGUUCUGUUUAAAAUCAUUCUCAUCUUUUGAUUAUUUACACAUAUGCUGUACAUAACUGUUAAAAGGGCUGUAUAGAAUAAUGAAAUGCAACUAAAGUGUCAGCAAUUUGGAUCAGGGACCAGACUUUUCAGACAUGAUUUACUUCAUAGUCAGAAAACACUCAUCAUCAUGUGUCUGAAUUAAUGCUUGAAGUAAAUAAACUACAUUGAAGUUUUUGAUUAAUUAUUAAGGAACUGAAGACAUUGACACUUUUUUGUUGUUGAAUUGGUAAGUGUAGCUGUUAUAUCGUUACACAGACAGUAUCGAGUUGACCGUCCUCCGUCUCUGCUCCGGUGAGACACACUGAAACAUUCUGAAAUGCACAUGUUUCCUUUCUGGUUUUGAGACACUACUUUCCUUACAAGAUGGUGAAAUAUAUAGACACUGUUACUGCUGUCACAUUUGUUUUCAAAGCUUUUAAUAAAGGAUGUUUAUAAGUGGAAAUUAUUCCUGGGCAAAGC